GUCCCCUCAUCCAUAGUUCUUGGUGUUUCCUCAAUGGCACCCGCCACGGCUUCGGCGGGAGUUGGGAAUCGACAGAGCGCGGUCACCGUGUCUGAUGGCGGAAAUCCCGUGGACUUCUCCGCCGUGUCUUCAUCGAAUUCCUCCAGCCAAAAUCACCACCACCCCCAUCUCGGUCAGGAGUUGCGUGCUCAGACGUGCUACAACUCGUUGCCUGCGAAGAAGGAAAAAGCCCACACGAGCGCCAACGGCGGAACACCAGAGGCCGUGAAGGCCAUCAGCACGGAGGAGCUGUCCCAGGAGAUGGCGAACCUAGAUGGCCUCAUGAAGGAUCUUUCCAUGAUCACACAAAACGAGUUUGGAUGCCUACAGCCCUGA